AUGCGAGUGGAGUUCGGAAGCGACGGCGCGUACCGCAUCGACCAGAAGGAGGCCAUUAAGGAGCUCCUGCGUGCUCAUGGGAUGAGCGAUGCGAACUCGAAGAAGACGACGAUUGGAGACGAAUGCUACGAGGUGGUCAACGGCGACACCGCGCUACUGGAAAAGACGAGCGCAGGCGGUGGUGCGACGAACAACGCGUUCCAGUCGCUCGUCGGGAGCCUACUGUGGGUUGCGAGGUGCUCGAGGCCGGACAUUGCUUUUGCCGUGCAUAAAGCAACAAGGCAGACGCAUGCGCCGCGGUUACUCGACUGGAAGCUUGCCAAGCGUGUCGCGCGGUACCUCAAGGGCACCGCAACGCUAAAACUCGAGAUGGCGCCGGCGCAAACGAGUCGCGACACGCUGCAACUCGAAGCCUAA